CUGUAGCGUGCAAGAGAGAGAUAAGAGAGAACAAUCAUACCAGGUAUUUGUACUGAGCCAACAACAACACCACACUGUACACUACUGAACCAACGACACCACGCCGUACACACAAAGUCACACACAUACACACACAUACACGACCAUGUCAUCCGACAAAAAGUACUUCUACAAGAUCCUGGAUUCUCCUCCGCCUGAGCCUCUGCCCGAGAAACUCCCAGAAACGGAACUUGACAUCAAAGACAACUUCAUCCAUCUAAGCACCGCCGUCCAAGUCCCCCUAACAGCAGACAUUUUCUUCGCCACCCACCACAAACUCUGGCUCCUCAAAAUCCGCGUCGCCGACCUCGACGGAGACAUUCAAUACCGCCCCGAAUUGCCCGAAUGUCCGCAUUUACACCACAGUGUGCGCGGCUUGGGGAAAUCCAAUGUCGAAGAGGUUAUUGUCGUGGAGAAGCCCGAGAGUUUGGGUGAGGGGUCGAUUUGGGCAAAGGUUCCGGAGAUGGAGGCUUUGGAGGAUUGAUUUUUUUUGUGUUUGAGAGGGAAGGGAAGGGGAGGGAGGGGGAUGGAGGGUGGAUGGAGGAUACUAUACCUACUGAGAAUUUGAAUUGAAUUGAGC